AAUUUCAGUUAAAUUCGAACUUGUGUAGGUAGGAUAACGAUAAUGUAUGGUCAUCAAUCGAUUCCACGAUCGGUAAGUGCUGGACAGUUAAAUGCAAUGAUGUCACAUCCUGGAAUGGUCAUUACUUCGCAGCAAAUGAUGAAUACGCCGCAAGGUGUAAUGGUUUCCCAGGCUGGUUAUCCACAAGGUAUGAUCAACGCUGCUCAACCACAACCACAAAUGAUGCCAUCACAGGCUCACAUGGGUCAACAAAUGAUGAAUACACAUAUGGGUGUCGUGCAAAAUCUCAAUCAACCAGGCCAUAUGAGCGUGCAGCAUCAACAAAUGCAAUCGAUGCAGCAAGUUCAGAUGGCACCGCAACAAGCAUAUAUUCAGCAACAAGGAAUGUCACAUCCAAAUUUCGUGAAUGGCCAAGCACGGAGUCCAGCUGUUGGACCUGGCCCACAGGGGAUUUCGCAGCAGGGAACACCAGGUCGACCAUCUUCAACUGGAGGACCGCCGUCAAAUAACCCUCAAACACCUCUGAAUGCGAUGUCAACCUUAAAUCCAUCAUCUCAGCAAGUUUCUACGCCUGCAACUCCUCAACAAGCGCCAUCUUCCGUACAGUCUACUACGACCCAGGACAAUAUAUCAACACCUACUAUAGUACCACCAGAUCCUGUAUCGUUAGCCAGGAACCUGUUACUGCGGGAUCUUCGGUAUUCACUGCAGGAAUGGAGCAAAACGGCUGCUGAAGUGGUACGGCCUUCGAGUUUGCGACAACAGCAAGAUGGAUCCGGUAGUACGACGCAUAAUCCCAUGUCUGUUAAUCCGCAAUCUGUCAAUCCGCAAUCAGUGAAUCCGCAAUCCGUGAAUCCGUUGUCAGCCAAUCCAAGUUCGGUAAAAUCACUGGAUGAACCGAAGUCGGUAGAAAAUUUGGAGAAAAAGAUUUUGAGUCCAAGCGAAGCAUAUAUCAAUGCAUUUGAUUAUUUCCUCGGAACCUGUGAUCAGAUUGAAAAUGAUAUCAUGGUUGUGCAAGAAGCUCAGAAGCAGAGUGUCAAAUUUGAUAAAAUGUUUGCUGGUGAACUGAAAAUAGUUGGUGAAAUGGCGAAUGUAAAUUAUUCGCAGUAUGCUCAAGGUUAUGUGGAAUCAACAGCAAGAGUUCGGAAUGCGAUCACUCGUACUUUGAAGAAUCUUAAUGCUACAAUGGAACGAAUGAAUGCUGCGAAAACCGUUCAAAAAGAUGUUGACGAGAAAAUGGCGAUGUAAAUUUUUCAGCGUAAAGAACCUCCUACAUUGAAGAAUAUAUCUUUUAGUUCAUUAUAUUUUAUGAAAUUUGAAAUUUUGAUUUUAGCAAGACUGUUGAGCUAAUAAUUGAAUGCCAAUAUCAAGUUGCAGAUUCGAAUAUUUCAUUAUGCGAAUGUUGUACAGAAAAUGUCUAAGGCGGUAAUCUAUUGUGGG